UAGUAUCAGGAGGAAGAAGGAAGACAAGACAGGUUGGAACCUUAGAGGAGGAACCCUUGUCUCAUCAGACCGUGAGGAGGAAGAUUGAAGGCCAGGAAACCCUGCAUGAACUAGUGAGGAGGAGAGCAUCAUCAGUGGCCUCAUGGACUCCCAGACAACUAUAAAGGGAAUGGUUCCAGCCUUUCCCCAGUCAGGUCCCACUUCCUUACCUCAGGAUCCAGGGAAGGGAUUUAUGCCAUUUUUUCGAUCAAAAGCACACCUGCAGGCGUUCUUGAAAGGGGAGCCCAAAGUGCUGGGGACUGUCCAGAUCAUGAUUGCUCUAGUGAACUUCACCUUAGGAAUGGUUUUCAUUUUGACUCCUCAGGAUAUUUAUCAUUACAGGAGAAAUUUUCUGCUUCACACUGGCUACCUAUUCUGGGGACCAAUAUUUUUCCUCAUCUCUGGUGUCCUCUCUAUUGUUGCAGAGAACAAAACCACAAAUGCACUGGUCCAAACCAGCCUGGCAAUGAAUGCUCUAAGUUCGGUAGCUGCAGUACUGGGAAUCAUCUUUCUCCCAUUCAACUUGACAUAUAUGCGGAUCUCCUAUUAUUUUUGUCCUAGUUCAGUUGUCUCUAAAUCCUGUUUCGGGGGCAUAAUGCUAUCUGUGGGAAUCAAUGGGAUUCUGCUGAUCCUAACUAUUUUGGAACUUGCCAUCUCCCUUACAGUUUCAAGCUUUGCCUGCAAAGCCACCUGCUGUAAUGCGAGUGGGGUCACCAUUGUCAUGUCUUCUCCACCCCAAGCAUCACAGAACCCUGAGGACAGACAAGACUUCAAAGUAUAGUUGCUUCUACUCCUGCAGUGCCUGCGAGCCAUUAUGUUUCAUACAAAACACAUGUCCUGUUCCCAGGAAAGACUUCUUCCAUUACUGGCUGUUUCUCAACAAAACAGAGUAAAUUUCUUGGAAUUCUUAAGCAAUUGUCUCCAGCUUUGGCCAGGGUCUAAUCACAUUUGCUUCCUCAUUUCCCACAACAACUCUGAUUAUCUCAAUAUUUGCUCACAACACUAACAGGAAAAAAUGUCAGUAAAUCAUAUUUUUUUUUUGCUGAACACCAAGGCUAGCCUGUCUGAGACUGUGGCUAUUGGGAAAUAAGGUAGGAUAAGGGAAGAAGAAAUGGAGAUGGGGGGCACAAAAAUAGGUCCUCUCCCAUGAAGGAAGAUUUUCGACUUUUGGAAUGUUUUCCUGCUUUUCCCUGAUGAUUUACUGUGAUUCUACCUCCAUUAGUCUAGGUUCCAUCAUCUUGGCUCUUUGACCUCUUGGCCAAUGAAGAAAAUACCUCUUUUCUACCUUGUUUUCCUAUGGGUGAGACAUUUUUAGGAGAACUUACACUGAUCUCAAAGAUUCUUCAUUUUUUUUUUUGUCCCCACAGUUGCCCGCAAAAUCAGAAACGGUUUCACAACUACCCCUUCUCCCUACCACCAUUCUCCUUUGAAGGUUCCUCAGUUCAGUAUGUUGUAAAAAACAAACAAAACCAAAAAUGGACCCCUUUGGAUUGGGAGUUACAAGAGCUGUUGAUGCAGAUCCUAACUCUGCACUUAUGAAGCCAUAGCCUUACCUUUUCUGAACUUCAGUUUGUUUGAUAAAGAAAAACCCAAAUCUUUUAGCAGAUGACAGAGUUUCUGACCAGGAGUUAAUUUCUAUGUCUGUUUUCUUUGAAGAUUUGGUGACUCUGGAGUGUAAAGUCAGUCCCUGAGAUCUCUUCACAAUGGAACCUGCAGCCACCAAUCAGAAGCCCAAUCCUAGGUGUGCCUUUAAAAGUUUAUAAUCCACUAAAAGAGUUGGGGAAAUCACACAAUUGAUAAGAGUUUAAGGCUAAAUGUACAUUUAGUUCUCCCUUACUCCAGCUCACACACUGCACGUAGUUCUACCUCAUUGACAUUUGGCACUCCCAGGUUUACAAAACCCUUGACAUAGACCAUGUCAUGACCAGUAUUCUAGUCAAAGCUUUUCUGAAUACAUUAGGGUUCAAAUGGUAUCUUUCAGUGGAAAAUUGACAUCAUGGGACCUGGAAAUAAGACCUCUGACUUUUAAUCACUAAGAGAACCUUGAAAAAUUACUCAACAUCUUUAGGAACCAUUUUCCUUACAUAUAAAAUGAAGGCAAUUUAAUUAAAUAACCUCGUUUACAUUCUACGUUCUAGGGAAAUAAAUAGCAUGUGUUCUAAUAUUCCUUCACCAUUACUAAAGCUGCAUCAUUUCUCAUAUGAAUUAAUCCCUCAUCUCUGAGCCCCUACUCCAGUUUAAGAAAUAUUUGUUACAUAAAUAAGGGAAAACUCUUUUCCCAUGGACUUUUGCUUAUGUCUUUUGGUAUAAACUGUUAUCUUUCCUCAAUAAUUUUAUACAAUUUAGCAACUAUGAAACAAAUAAUAAAAAUGUUCAAAAUGAUUGAAAA